AUGUUCACUAGACUGAGCAGGGGUGUGAGCAGCUACUUGUCCGGCGUUGUACAAUCCACGGUCUCCAGCCUACUGGAUGCCAGCUGCAUUGAACUGGACCCAAGCGACCUUAACUCCUUGCUGCCCACGCCGAUGGGCCGUUUGGCUGCCCAUUAUUAUUUAAGUCAUCUUACUAUGCAUCUAUUUGUCCAGAAGCUUACUCCUGCGGCCGAUUUAGAGCUCAUCUUGAAUAUUUUAGCACAUGCUCAUGAAUUCGCCGAACUUCCUGUUCGUCAUAAUGAAGACAACGCAAAUGAGCAACUUUCCCGCGAGCUACCCUUGGAAGCUGUGGGCUCUUGGGACUCGGCGCACACCAAGGCUCACCUUUUGUUGCAAGUCCACUUCACCCGACUCACACAUAUUCUUCCUGUCUGCGACUAUGUUACCGAUACGAAACUGGUACUCGACCAGGCGCCCCGUAUUGUCCAGAGUACUCGGUUGGUAGCUUUUUUAGUCAUUAAGCAUACUCGUUGUUAA